AGAAUAACGGUGUUUGUGUGUCGUUACAGCCGUUUACCGGGCGGAGUGUCCCCGCGCUCAGAGCAGAAGAUAGUCCGAUGAACGAGUGUGCGCUGGGACCCGUAGCAGCUACGAGAUGGCCCACUGUCCAGCCGCGUGGUAUCCACGGGUGACAGUCCGUCAUGAAUACAUCAGCCUCAAGCCCUACCAGGUUUCUCCUGUUACAUCUGUUCAAGAUGUCAAACAGCUGCUCUUUGAGGAAACAAACCUACCGGUCAAAGAGCAGCGGCUCACCCACAACGGGAGAGUGCUGGAUGACAGUGUACAGAUUGGGACCUUGGUGCCUGCUGGAAGCCCAGAGGUCUUUCUCACCUUGGAGGGACGAGGUCUUAAAGGGGGAGGAAGGUUUGGACAAACUACACCGCCGCUAGUGGAGUUUCUGAAGGACAUACUGAGAAGAUAUCCUGAAGGUGGACAGAUUCUGAAAGAGUUAAUUCAGAAUGCUGAAGAUGCUGGAGCCUCGGAAGUCAAGUUCAUGUUCGAUGAGACAGAGUAUGGAGUGGAGUCACUGUGGUCACCUGACAUGGCUCAGCAUCAAGGUUCUGCAUUGUAUGUCUACAAUGAUGCUGUGUUUACUGCUGAAGACUGGAAUGGGAUUCAGGAGAUUGCAAGAAGCAGAAAGAGAGAUGAUCCUUUGAAAGUUGGACGGUUUGGGAUUGGCUUCAACUCUGUCUACCAUAUAACAGAUGUUCCCAGUAUUUUCAGCGGAGACCAGAUUGCCAUGCUGGACCCUCAUCAGACUCUAUUUGGAGUGAAUGAAUCUGGACAGUGUUGGAACUUGAAAACAGACAUUAAGGAGAUCACAGAACUUACUGACCAGUUUGCUCCCUACGUUGGGAUGUUUGGGAGCUGUGAGAAGACCAUUAAAGAUGGCAGCUUUCCUGGAACGCUGUUCCGCUUCCCGCUCCGCAUGAAACCCUCCCAGCUCAGCGGCAACAUUUACAACAAAGAAAAAGUUCUGGAGCUCUUUGAGUCCUUCAAAGCUGAUGCAGACACGGUGCUCCUCUUCCUCAAAAGUGUUCAGAAGAUCUCCUUGCAUGUGCGUGAGUCAGAUGGCACGGAGCGCAUGUUGUUUCAAGUUACAGCAACAGAGAAUACUGAGGAUAAGGUAGAAAGACCAAACGCACUAAAGACUCUGAGCCAGGCAAUAGACAGCUACAGCAAUGGAGUUCCCAGUUCUAGCAUUACAUGUGUCACUUACCAGGUCAACAUUGAGACCCAGGAUGAAACUGCUAAAGAGACUCAGAGAACAAGUUGGCUAGUUUGUAAUGGUGUUGGGGGUAGAGGCAUGUGUGCUGAGCUGGAUUCUCUGGCAGAUGAUCUGAAGUUUAUGCCCACUAUUGGCAUUGCCCUACCUCUUACUCUGGUGGACAAAGAAGACGUAGGGGCCACGUCCAGUUUUUCCGGACGAGCAUUUUGCUUUCUUCCUCUUCCACCUGGGGAGGAGAGCGAGACAGGGCUUCCAGUUCAUGUCAGUGGCUUCUUUGGUCUCACAGAUAAUCGUAGAAGUAUCAAGUGGCGGGAGGUGGACCAGUGGAGGGAUCCAGCUGCCCUGUGGAAUGAGCUGCUUAUAAUCUCUGUCAUCCCUAGGGCUUACUACACCCUUAUCACAGAGGCUAUUAAAAGGGUACAGACAAAAAAGGACCAAGACUUUCCAUUGUCCCCCACAGGGACCUACGGGGCAUGGCCAGACCCUAAGCAGGUCAAAUCCCGCUGGAAACCCAUUCUCCAGCCACUAUUUCAUGACUUGCUACAGCAGGAAGUCAUUUUUUCCCUCAGUGAGACCUGGAUCAGGGUGAACCAGGCCGUGUUUUCAGAUCUGGACACAGAAACAGACAUUUCAGAGACUGUGAUUAACUACCUCCAAAGCUCAGGAAUGCAGGUGGCAAAGGUGCCCUUUGCUGUGGACUCUGUCUUAGCUACCUACAUGGUGGAGUCUACUGAAGUGAGGAAGGCGUCCCCGUCUUUGCUGCGACAAGUGAUCAGGAAGUGCAAACACAAGGGUUCAUCACAGGAGAAGCUGCUACUGUUGGAGUUUGUGCUUAGUGAUGCCAAUUACAGUGAUCUCAUAGGACUUGAGCUCCUGCCCCUGCAAGAUGAGUCAUUUACUACAUUUUCAUCUUCUGUCAGUGAAAAGGAUGCGAUAUACAUUGCAUCCGAAGAAUACCCCAGAUCUCUGUAUCCGGGACUUGAAGGCCGAUUUAUAUUGGAGAACAUCAAACCAUCUGUAAUGGAACAUUUAAAGACAGCUGCCAAAAGCAGAGUGCAACAGUACCACUGGGGCUGCUCAGGGAGACCCUGUACUCAGCUGCAAGUGUUAAACUGUGACCGAUCAGCUCGGCUUAUUAAGGAGAUUCUAUCAACAGCCUGGCCAACAAGAGAUUUCAUUGUCCAGUGGGAACCUGGAAACAGGGAGCUAAAGUAUCCUACAUUAUCCUGGCUGAAAAUGAUUUGGAAGCAUCUUUAUAUUCAUUUUGCUGAUGAUCUAAGUACCUUUGAAGACAUGCCUUUGAUCCCACUUGCGCCACUUGAGGAAAACAGGAACACGGUUGAGCUCCUACGUCUCAAAACUCCGUCCCCCAUAAUCCUUGUGGAUGAGGAAGAUGCACAUCUGUCUGAACACCUUGUUCAUAUCAUGGAGAAGCUUGGAGGAGUGGUGGUAAAAAAGCUGGAUCCAUGUUUGCAGCAUCCAUUGCUAAAAAACUACAUACAUCAUUCCUCUCCUGGUAUGCUACUGCAAAUUAUGGAUAGAUUGUCGAUACAACGGUUAUCAAGCCAAGUAUCUUCCUUUUCAGUAGAAGAAAAAAUGGCCCUCAGAAACUUUCUUGCAGGACUUUGUGAGAUUACAGAGAAGGAAAAGCAUACUCUGCUCGAGCUUUCCAUCUUUGAAAAAGUGGGAGCUUGCCCUGAAGGUACCUCAGCAUUUACAUCACUGAGAGGAGCUAGAGCUUUACAUCACACGGCAAAGUAUCCACCAGAUGUGAAAUUAUCCAUUAGACUUGUGGGCUGCUUUGAUGAAGAAUCAAUCCGUCUCAUCAAGAUGCUAAAUGUAGAGCAGGUAAAAACAACUGAAUGUUUAAAAGUUAUUGUUCAAGAUAUUGAGAAGGGGUUCUACACAACUGAUGAGGUGACCCGAAUCGUGCUUUGGGCACUUGAACAUCUGGCAUUUCUGAAGAAUGAAAACUCAGCUGUAAUUGGGUGGCUUUCUGCACUUAAAUUUAUUCAGUUGCCUUGUGGGAAGUCAGUCAAAGCUUCAGAACUUUUUGAUCCUGAGCUAGAGGUUCUGCAGAACUUGUUUUACAUGGAGGAGAAAGCCAGGUUCCCCACAAGCACAUUCACAUCUUCUCCUGAUAUUCUUCAUUCACUCAGACAGCUGGGACUAAGAAAUGAAGUACAGCUCAGUGAAAAAGAUGCACUUCACGUGGCAAAAAAGAUAGAAGAGUUACAAAGCAGUGACAAGCCAGAGUGGGACUUCAUAAUCAAAAAAGCAAAAACACUGCUGCAAAUACUUAACAGACAAACCAAGCUGGUAAAAUCAGCUGAUGCUCAGUCAUCAUUGUUGAAACUGAAAUGGGUUCCCGUCUGCAAAGAAAGGCCACUAACGUACCCUAAAUCUCUUGCCUGGGUAGGAGAUACUGUGAAUAUAAGCUCGCUUUCCCAGAUGUGUGACAUAUCCCAUGCUGUGCUAGUAGGAUCAUCAGUAGCCCUGGUUGAACACACAUCUGCAGGUAUGAAAAAGGCACUAAAACUCAACAUAGAGCCACAGGUGGAUCAAGUAUUACAGCACCUAAAAGCAGUAAAUGACUGGCAUAAAUCACAAGCAUUCACUACAGAGGAUUGGUACCAGUUCCAGCAGAUCUUGUUUGAGAUUUAUGGCUUCAUGCAGGCACAUCUUGAGGACGCAAGAGAAGCAAUGAAAUCACUGACCUUUGAUUGGGUGUGGACUGGAAAGACAUUCUCAUCACCUGGCCAGACAGUCCUAAAGCACCUCCCUGAUCUAGACUUGCAGCCCUACCUGUACUCCCUGCCAAAGACAAUGAGAAAGUUUCACAGACUUUUUAAGUUUUGUGGUUCAGUUGAAGAGGUUGUCCCGAGUCACGUGUUUGAAGUCAUUGGUACCAUCCGUCAAAGAUGCGAAGGAGAGAUCACGAAAGAGGAAAGCAAACAUGAUAUCCUUCUUUUAAUCAACAUCCUGAGAUGGCUGUAUAACAGUCAGAUUGCUGUGGACAUAAACAUGCAUGUGCCAAUCCUGUGCUACAAGGACCCAAGCAAAUUAGUAAUGAAGCCCAUUCAUGAAUGCACCUACUGUGACAUCAAAGUUGAUGAUUUGAAUGACUUACUUGAAGAUUCAUCAGAGCCUAUUAUAUUGGUUCAUGAUGACAUCCCCAUGAAAACUGCAGAAUGGCUGAAAGUCCCAUGUUUGAGCACAAGGUUGAUAAACCCAGAGAACCUUGGCUUUGAGCAAUCAGGCCAACGAGAACCACUAACCGUAAGAAUAAAGAACAUUUUGGAGGAAUAUCCAUCUGUUGCGGACAUUUUUAAAGAGCUUCUCCAGAAUGCUGAUGAUGCUAGUGCAACAGAGUGCAGUUUCCUCAUUGACAUGAGAAAGAACACUGACAUCAGAGAAAACCUACUGGACCCUGGCAUGAUUGUUUGCCAUGGCCCUGCCUUGUGGUCUUUCAACAACUCUGUAUUCUCAGACACAGACUUUUUAAACAUCACAAGGUUAGGUGGAUCAGUAAAGAGAUGUGAGGCAGACAAAGUUGGCAAGUUUGGCUUAGGCUUCAACUCAGUUUAUCACAUUACUGAUAUCCCCAUCAUAAUGAGCCGAGAGUUCAUGAUCAUGUUUGAUCCAAACAUCAAUCACAUCAGCAAGCACAUCAGAGACAGGUCUAAUCCAGGGAUAAAAAUUAACUGGAGCAAACAACAGAAACGGUUGAGAAAAUUCCCCAACCAGUUCAAACCCUUCAUUAAUGUCUUCAACUGCCAGCUCCCACUAGCUCAGGACUCGCCAUACAAAUACAAUGGUACCCUUUUCAGGCUCCCCUUCAGAACAGAGCAAGAAGCUUCAGCGAGUGAAAUCAGUGGUCUGUACUACAACACCACAGACAUCUAUUCAUUGGUUGAUGAGUUCAGCAUAUGUGGUCAUCGGUUCAUACUGUUUACUCAGCAUGUUGGGAGUAUGGUCUUGAAGUACCUGAAAUACGAGGAAUCAAAUCCAGCAGGAGCACAAGAUGUUGUCACCAUCAACAAAAGUGUGUGGUCAUCCAAAGCCUCAUAUGGACCUCUGAGUAUCCUAAAAUCUGCAUCAAAGGUGAUGAAGAAAGUAGCGAGCACCAACAGGGUACCAGCUGAUGUUCCUAAAUCUGCCUGUAUCAUACGCGUUGUGGUGGAGGAGUUCCAUAAUGUCUUUAAACGGAUUGUCGAUCUCCACUCCCCACUAUUCAGAGGGUCAGAAGAAGAUCCCAGCCAGUACUUUGAGAUGGCUGCUAAAGGUGUUCAGACAAGAAGAACUGAUGAAAUGCCCCAAAAGGCGGUCGAGGUCAGCAACUGGCUCAUAUGCUCAUGCAUGGACGCCACAGAGGCACUGAAGUUUUCUCUCACUGAUAGUGGAAAAAGACUUGGACUUGUGCCUUGUGGAGGAGUUGCUGUUCUACUUUCAGAGGAGGAGCAUCGCAAAUGGACAGUGAAAAUGAAUGCAACACCGAUUGGAGAGGUGUUUUGUUACUUACCUCUUAGAAUCAAAACAGGCCUGCCGGUUCACAUUAACGGCUGCUUUGCUGUGACAUCCAACCGUAAGGAGAUCUGGAAGACAGACACCAAGGGACAGUGGAAUUCUGUCUUCAUGAGACAUACCAUUGUCCAGGCCUAUUUAGCAGCUCUCUCAAUGCUGCGUUCCAUGUCUGAAAGAGGAGAACUGAUUGAUUACAGCUAUUAUGCAGCAUGGCCAGAUCCAAGUCAGGUGCAUGAUGACUUUACAAUAAUCAGCCAAGGUGUCUACCAAGAAAUUGCCAAAGGAGGAGAUGGUGAUCAUGCAAAGGUUUUUUCAGAUGGCACAACUUGGGUGUCCAUCAAAUAUGUCAGGUUCCUCGAUGAUGCCUUGCUCGGUAGAUCAGACAUUGGUCCUGCUGCUUUCAAGAUAUUUUUGAAAUAUCUCAAAAAAAGCGGCUCCCAGAACCUCUGUGCUGUUGAGUUACCUUACUGGGUGAAAGAGGGAUUUGAUGAUGCUGGAUGUAAAGGACGCUUGAUGGAAAACACUCUCACAGAGAAGCAGUUCUUUACAGAUGUGUUUUUCCCUCACAUCCAGGAAAUCGAAAAAGAGCUUCGGGAUCCUCUCAUGCAUUAUGUUCUAAAUGAGAAACUGGAAGAUUUUGCAUCAAUCCUCAGGGUUACUCCUUGUAUCCCAUGCUCUGGCCCCGAUAAAGAGCUGGUGGUGCCUUCCAGACUCAUUCAUCCAGAGGGUAGAGUUGCUAAACUCUACAACACUGAUGAUGGAAGAUUUCCUGAGGGAACUUCUAAAGACUACCAGAACCCAGUGUGUUUAGUGAAGCUAGUGCAAUUGGGCAUGGUGAAAGAUGAUCUUUCCUGGGAGGACCUAAUUGAACGGGCUCAGUCUGUCAUUGAUCUUAAUGAAAGUGAUCACACAGCUGCAUGCUUUCGUAGCAGCAUCCUACUUAGUCUCAUCGAUGAGAAACUGAAAAUGAGGGAUCAGGCAACAGCAGAGCUCUUGGAAAAGCUACAGAAUAUCAGCUUCCUGCCAUUCCUAACAAGACCUGCAGGCUUCUCACUUCCAUGGCAUGGGAACAACUUUUCCCCAACAACAAUGUUCUCUGCUAGAGAGCUCUUCACAACUGAGCACCAGGACACAGUGUGCCUCAUGAAGCCCAUCCUAAAUGAGAAUUCUCCCUCGUUCAAGGGCUGUGGCGCAAUGUCAUUGGCUGUGAAAGACUGUCUUGGCUUAAUAAGGAAACCCUCCGUUGAACUGGUCAUCAGUCAACUCAAGAAACUAUCACAGUCAUUUGAUGGUGUUACGCUGUAUCAGGAAAACAUAACAAAUGCCUGUUACAAGUAUCUACAUGAGGAAAUGCUACAAGAUGAGAAUGCAAAACUACAAAUAACUGAACAACUAAAAGAAUUUAACUCUAUUCUUGUGGAGAACACGUAUGUCAGUCCUUCAAAAGUUGCAUUCCACCUGAACUUUGAUGCAGCUCCAUAUCUCUACCAGCUCCCUAACAAAUACAGAAACAGCUGUCGUGAACUCUUUGAAAAUGUUGGUGUACAGCCCAGCUUCACAGUUGAGAAUUUUUCAGCAGUUCUUCAAACUGUAAAGCAAGAAUGUGGACGAAGGACUCUCACUGAGGAAAACUUUCAGUUGUGUCGCAGAAUUAUUAGUGAAGGAAUAUGGAGCUUGAUACGGGACAAGAACCAGGAAUACUGCCAAGCUAAUUAUGGUGGAAUUCUUCUACCUGACUCCAAUCUGACUCUGCAGCCUUCGCAAUCUCUCUGCUACAAUGACUGUCCUUGGAUCAAAGUCAGGGACUCUUCUGUCAAAUACUGCCAUGGGGAUAUUCCAAGAGAAGUUGCCGUGAAAUUAGGAGCAGUUCCAAAACGCCACAAAGCCUUGGAGAGGUAUGCCUCAAACGUCUGCUUCACUCCACUUGGAAGUGAGUUUGGACAAAAAGAAAAACUCACAAGCAGAAUUAAAAGCAUCCUUAAUGCUUACCCAUCAGAAAAAGAAAUGCUGAAAGAGCUGCUUCAAAAUGCAGAUGAUGCCAAAGCCACUGAAAUUUUUUUUGUUUUUGAUCCAAGAACACACCCCACCGACAGAAUAUUUGAUGAUAAGUGGAUCCCAAUGCAAGGGCCUGCACUUUGUGUGUAUAAUAACCAGCCUUUCACUGAAGAUGACAUUAGAGGUAUACAGAACCUUGGAAGAGGGACAAAAGAAGCCAAUCCAGGAAAAACUGGUCAGUAUGGCAUAGGAUUCAACUCUGUGUAUCACAUCACUGACUGCCCAUCCUUCAUCUCAAACAAUGACAUUCUGUGCAUCUUUGAUCCACAUGCACAGUAUGCACCUGGGGCUACAUCUGUUAGUCCUGGAAGAAUGUUUAGAGAUUUGGACUCUGACUUCAGAUCUCAGUUUUCAGAUGUUCUGAAUCUUUACUUGGGAGCUCAUUUUAAGUUGGAACGCAGCACAAUGUUCAGAUUUCCAAUUCGUUGUACUGACAUGGCAAGGACAUCAGAGAUCAGCUCAGUCCCUGCCUCAGACAGAAUGGUGCAAAACCUCCUUGAUAAACUAAAGUCGGAUGGUGCAGAACUUCUGAUGUUCCUCAACCACAUGGAGAAAAUAUCAAUCUGUGAAAUUGAUAAUGCAUCUGGCGAACUUAAAGUACUGUAUUCUGUGACUGCCAAAAUAACAGAUGGCGACCGGCUUAAACGUAAACAGUUUCAUGCCUCAGUAAUUGAUAGCGUGACCAAGAAGAAGCAACUCACUGCUAUUCCAGUCCAACAGAUAACAUACGCCAUGGACAUAAAGGACACUGAAGGAAAUUUGACUACAUGGGUGAUAUGCAACCGAUCUGGCUUUUCUAACAUUGAAAAUGUCUCAAAAAGUGUGAUCUCAGCCCACAUAAAUGAAGACAUAACUCUGUUUCCACGUGGAGGUGUAGCUGCAUGUGUAAGCCACAACUACAAAAAACCCCACAGAGCCUUCUGCUUUCUACCCCUUUCAUUAGAGACCGGUUUGCCCUUCCAUGUCAAUGGGCAUUUUGCCCUAGACUCGGCUAGAAGAAAUUUGUGGAGAGAUGACAAUGGAGUGGGGGUAAGAAGUGACUGGAACAACAAUCUGAUGACAUCCCUAAUUGCACCUGCCUGUGUAGAACUGCUCAUUCAGCUUAAACGGCGAUACUUCCCAGGUCCGGAUCCAACCAUGACAGUACUACAGGGGUUACCACUUCAUGUGGUUAAAGACACACUGCGAAAAUAUCUGUUCUUUUUCCCAGCCAACAGGCUUGAUAUUCAGCCAGACUGGUACUGCCUCGUUAAAGCAGUGUACAACUCCAUCCAUGGUGACUUGAAGCGUCUUCUUCCUGUACUCAGAGGAGCACAAAUGGACAACUCUGACAUGCACGCUGCCAUUUACAUUUCAUGGGUGAAUACAUCCACUGCGAACAAAGGCAAAGCCUUUUUUGACAAUCUGCUACAGGAUGAGCUACAGCACCUGAAAAACACAGAAUACAACAUCACAUCAAGGAAGUCAGUGGCUGAAAAUGUCUACAGGCUGAAAAGCUUGCUUCUGGACAUUGGCUUUAAUUUGGUUUACAGUUGUGAUGAGACUGCAAAUCUCUACUUCUGUUUGGAAGAUGCAGCGAUACCAGUCCAUUAUGUGACGCCAGAAGAUGUCCGCAACUUCAUUCACACCUUUUCAUCACCAGACACAUCUUGUCAUGUUGGAAAAAUCCCCUGCCGACUCCAACAGUCGAACUUCAAAGUAGUUCAUAACUUGAAGCUUCUUGUGGACUACUGCUUCAAAGAUCUAGAAGAGGAUCAAGUUAAAAUUGAGGGUUUGCCUCUGCUGGUAACAAUGGACAAUAUGCUUCAGGUGUUUGAUUCCAAAAGACCAAAGUUUUUGACAACACACCAUGAGCUAAUCUCAUCCAGGAAAGAGAUGUUCAUGAAUACGCUGUACAUGAGGUACAGCAACAUUCUGAUGAAGGCAGGAGCUGCAAAGAACUUUGACAUCAGCAGUUUUGGUGAAAUGCUUGGAUCAGUUCUUGCAAGAGAGUAUCGAACAAGGAUCCCUGUUAAGUGGAAAGACAACUUUGCAAGUGAAUCAUGGCUAAAGAACGUGUGGAACUUCAUCAGUGAAAACAUUUCUGUGAAAGAGGAUCAGGUUGACAUGAAGCCUAGUUUUGACACAGUCCUUGAGAUUCUGAAAGACUGGGCCUUGCUGCCUGGAAUUAAAUUCAUGUCAAGAGAAAAGAUAGUUGUUCCUGAACAUGAUGUGCUUUUACCUCUGAGUUUGAUGAACAUUGCCAUAUUUCCACAAGGCCAAAAUGACAAAGUCUUUCACACCCUGAUGAAAUCAGGUUGCAUUCAGCUUGCGGUGAACAAAAUCUGUGCCAAAGAGAAUCCAAUAAUGCCUUCUUUGGCACAGCACACAGCAAAUAUUGAAAAUCCAUCAAGUGUUCUGAAAGCUGUGGAGUACAUGAUUCAGACAUCUGCAUUUAAAACAGCAAACCUGUCUGACAAAGACUUUGAGGCUCUUCUAUUGUACUUCAACUGCAACCUCGCUAACAUCUCACAACAGGAUGCACAGAGCCUAAAACUCCUCCCAUGUUUUAAAUCGGUUACAGGAAAAUACAUCAGCAUUGCAAACUAUGGCGCAAACUACGUCCUUGCUAAAUGCAUUCCCACCUCGGACAUAGACAAGUGGGCUCAAACAGCCACGGUUGCCUUUCUUGAUGACAGUCCACAACUGAAAGAGCUUUAUGCAUUUCUUGGUUGCAUUCCAAUUGAUGAUUUGGAAAUAUACAAUCAACAUCUGCUGCCAAAGUUUGAGAGUUUUUCUUUUGAUGCCAAAGUUGAACACAUUGUCUACUUAAAGGAGAGGCUUAUGGCAAUGGAAGAAUCGAGUGAGAUAAAGGAUCAGCUCUAUGAGAAACUGGAGGGACUGCUAUUCAUCUAUGACUAUUCAAACAGACUCAGACCAACCAAGUUUUUCUAUGAUGAAACAGUGAGGGUGUUUGAAGUUAUGUUACCUGCAAAGUCAUUCAUACCCAGUGACUUUUUUAAGAAAGUUGAGCAAGUGUCAAAACCCAAGAACGGGACAUUGAUGCUUACCUCAUGGAUCACGUUUCUGAGAAACAUUGGCCUCAAGUAUGAAGUAUCUCAGCAGCAAGUUCUUCAGUUUGCAAAAGAGAUCAGCAUCAAAGCGCAAACAGAAAGCUGGACCAAAGAAAAAGUCCAAACCAUUGUUGAUGUUCUCCUAAACCACAUUUUUAAAGAGAGGACAGACCUGUUCCAGGCCACUUUUCUCAAAGAGCUCUCAAUGAUACCAUUUCUGUGUCCUGAAAGAGCCCCUAAAGAACUCAUUAAGCUUCAUUCACAGUAUCAGGAGAUGAGUGGCACACUUCCUCUGAUUCGUUUCAGUGGGUCUCAGGUGAAUCCAAAGUUCAAGCAAACAGAUGUAAUUCACUUACUCUGGACAUCUUGCCCCAUUUUACCUGAAAAGGCUACUCCCUCAAGCAUAACGGAUCAGGAGGGGAGUACUCUGGCUGGACAAGAACAACUUGACCAAGUGCUUAGCAUGUUAGGUGUCAACUUGGAUCCACCAUUAGAGAAAGUGAUCAGCAACUGCAAAAACAUCUGCAUCAUUUCCAAUCCUGAUGAUGAAAUGGUGAAAACCAGGAACAAAGUUUUAAGAUCCACCUAUGAGUUCCUCAACGCAGAUAAAAGAGAUUUCCGUUACCAGCUUCGUGGGGUGGCUUUUGUUAUGGUUGAAGAUGGCUGGAAGUUACUGAAACCUGAAGAGGUUGUCAUUAACUUAGACAACGAAUCUGACUUCAAACCAUACUUGUACAAGUUACCUCUAGAACUUGGUACUUUUCAUCAGCUGUUUAAACUUCUUGGCACAGAAGAUGUUGUGUCAACCAAACAAUAUGUUGAGGUCCUGUGGCGAAUUUACAGAAGUUCAGAGGGAAAACAGCUAGACCCAAAUGAAAUGAGAACUGUGAAAAGGGUUGUUUCAGGAUUUUUCAAGUCUCUUCAUAAUGAUCCAGUUGAAAUCCGCAAAGACCUUGAGAGUCUCAGGGAUUUGACAUUUUACCUGCCAAGCCAUGAUGGUAGGUUAGCAAAAUCCAGUAGUUUGGUGUUUGACGAUGCCCCACAUUACAAGAGCAGAAUCCAAGGUAAUGUUGGAGUUCAGAUGCUUGUAGACAUGAGCCAGUGUUAUUUGGGCAAAGAUCACGCCUUCCACACAAAGCUGAUCAUGCUACUUCCACAGAAGCUAAGGCCUAGACUGUUAAGUAGCAUCCUGGAAGAGCAACUUGAUGAAGAUUCACCAAAGAUGUGCCAGUUUGGGGCUCUUUGCUCACUUCAAGGUCGCCUUCAGUUACUGCUGUCAUCAGAGCAAUUCAUCACAGGACUCAUUAGAAUAAUGAAACAUGAGAACGAUAAUGCAUACCUUGUGAAUGAGGAAAAAGCCAUACGUCUGUGCAAAGCACUUUGUGAAGGACUAAAAGUGUCAUGUUUUGAGAAACUCCAGACAACUCUAAGGGUGAAAGGAUGUACUCCCAUUCCACACAGUCGCAGUGAGACACUUGCCUUCCUCAAAAGGUAUGGAACAGCUGUCAUUCACCUUUACAUUCAGCAUUCAGACAGCAAGGACAUUAAUUUUCUCUUGGCACUUGCUAUGACACUGAAGUCCGCUACAGAUAAUUUGAUUUCGGACACUUCCUACCUGAUCGCCAUGCUCGGCUGCAAUGAUAUAUACAGAAUCACAGAGAAGCUGGACAACCUUGGCGUAAAAUAUGAUUCAACAGAGCCGUCAAAGCUUGAGCUUCCCCUUCCUGGAACUCCAAUACCAGCUGAGAUACAUCAUACACUCCUCAUGGACCCUAUGAAUGUAUUCUAUCCUGGAGAAUAUGUGGGUUAUCUUGUAGACUCUGAGGGUGGAGACAUAUAUGGGUCCUACCAGCCGACCUAUACAUAUGCAAUCAUUGUUCAAGAAGUAGAAAGAGGGGAAGAGGAAGAAAACACGAGUGUUCUUGGUAAAUGCUUCCAGAUUGAUAUUGGCUACAGUGAAUACAAAAUUGUCAGCUCACUUGACUUGUACAAAUUCUCAAGACAAGAUGAAAAUACCACUGUGCGAGGUACCAGUGCCCCAUCAACCCCCACAAGCCCUGACAGUCGUAUUUCUGGUCUAAGAAUGGUCCCUCCUCUUUUCGCUGGAAAGGAAGACCUGAGAGCUCCUCCAAAAAAACAGUCACCACAAAAGAUCAAAUUGCAUGCUUUGCCUGAAAUUCUGAAAGAAGUGACCUUAGUCAUUGAACAAGCUUGGAAGCUUCCUGAGACAGAAAGAAAGAAAAUAAUCCGGCGAUUGUAUCUCAAGUGGCAUCCAGACAAAAAUGCAGAAAAUCUUGACAUUGCCACAGAAGUUUUUAAGCACUUACAGAAUGAGAUCAACAGAAUGGAGAAACAGUCAUUGGCUGAUCAGCAAAAUACUGACAGAGCUUCAAGGAGGCCAUUCUCCACAUCCUCAACCCGCUUCCAGUCUGAGAAGUUCUCAUUUCAAAGAUUUUAUUCAUCAUGGAACCAAGAGGCAACAAGUCACAAGUCAGAACGGCAACAGUUCAGGGAACAUUAUACCAGCUAUGCAGGCUCUUCGCACUCUCACCGAUUUUUCGUGCCCCCAACCUUCAAAACGGUUGGAAAUCCCGUUGAAGCCCGCAGGUGGUUGAGGCAAGCUCGAGCGAACUACUCUGCUGCUCGUAAUGAUCUUCAUAAAAAUGCUAACGAGUGGGUUUGUUUCAAGUGCUACCUGGCCACAAAGCUUGCAUUGAUAGCAGCUGACUAUGCAGUCAGAGGGAAGUCGGACAAAGAUGUGAAACCUACUGCUUUGGCUCAGAAAGUGGAGGAGUACAACUCCCACCUAACAGGCCUUUCGAAUGAUGUUCAGAUCCUGGAAGGCUAUGGUGUGGACAGCUUGAGAACCCGCUACCCCGAUCUUCUUCCUUUUCCACAGAUUCCCAAUGACAGAUACACAUCUGAAGUAGCAAUGAGAGUGAUGGAGUGUACCGCACGGAUUAUCAUUAAGCUUGAAACCUUUGUGCAGCAAAAAAUAUAAUAAUCUCACUACGAAGUACUAAAAAAAAAUUAGGAUAUGCCUAGUGCCUCUGUGAAAUAGAGGCACCUGUGGCUGUGUGCAAUACACCUCAUGUUUAUCACUGACAACUGUAAAGUAUCCUGCUGGCAGCUUUACACAGUAUGCAGUUUCUACCUGUGAUGGUGGGGCUGUGGCUUGUGCACAUUAAAUUAACUAAUGUUUGACUCCCAUAAACUAUUAGGCUCUUUCAAUAUGCAUAUGCUGUUAUAUGUGAAUAACAACUGCAUACAUGCUCUAAGCUCUACAUGCAAAAGUAUCAGCAAUAUGUUUUCCUCACGAAAGCUCCAAUUGAACCUAUUUGCUCUUAGUUAGAUUACAAAUAUGCUGCUUUUUUACUUUGUUUUAUAAAAGAAUAUAUAUUUUCUUGCUCCAGAAACCAGUUGAGUGUAUUAAAAGGAUGUGCUUUAAAUGAAUACAAUAGGUCAAUUCAAAAUGUCAAUGCUGCAAGAUAUCAGCAGGUCCAGAAAAACAAUCAUGUUUGUAAAUGUUCUUUUUUGUAUUUUUAUGGUUGAUUUCAUGUUGUUUCUGUGAAAGCUGUACAUUGUUUGUAACAUAACCAGUCACUUGUAAAUGAACAAAGCACUUUUUUGAAACUCCUCAUCAUGUAAUUACCUGCAUUUCUAUUGUGCUCGUGUCACCCCAGCAACUGUGAAUGGAAAACACUUUGUGUUUUUUUGAACAUUUAUUUUAUCGGGGGUAUGUCAUUAUUCAUAAUUACUUGUUCCUUUGACCAAGUGAAUAUGAAGUUUGGUAACUUGAUGAGCCAGUGGUACCAUCAGCUCUGGCUGCAAGUGAUGGUCUGUUUGGAGAAACUCAACUUUGAAGUAUGCGUGCUGAAUUAAAGCCAUAGAUUUAGAAGCUAUUUUGUCAUGUUCAUACAUUUCUGGUAGGGCUUAACAGCACCAGACGGUGGUGCUCGAGUUUAUACAGCUCCAUGUUGCCUUUAAUUUAAAGGACUACACACACUGACCACAUAUUGUAAAUGUACAUUUGAAAAAUCGUUUAAUAUGUGCUUCUUAAUGUCUGCUGUCUCGUUACAUCUCAAAUUGGAAGGUGAUUCUUUGGUGCAUUGUGGUGGAGAGUCAGUAAACCUUCAACAGGAGAAAUGUCCAAACUGUCCAUUCUCACUCUGCAGGUUUAGUUCACAGCAACAGAAGAGAAAAUAAAAUAAAUUUAGAAGUUCA